AUGGCUUCAAGUAAUUUUACUGUUCAUUCUCCUCCUCUCUUCACAGGAGAGAAUUAUCAGUUAUGGGCUAUUAAGAUGAAAACCUACUUAAAGGCCAUGAAUUUGUGGGAGGUCAUUGAGAAUGAUGUUGAUCCCGCUUCUCUUCCGCAAAAUCCAACAUUGGCACAGAUCAGGAGGUACGAAGAAGAUCUAUCGAGGAAACCUAGAGCACUUACAUGCAUACACUCAACAGUGUCAGUUGUAAUUUUCACAAGAAUAAUGACUUGUGAUUCACCAAAACAAGCAUGGGAUAAAUUGAAGGAAGAGUUUGAAGGAAGUGACAUGGUAAAAUCUGUCAAGAUGUUAACUCUCAAAAGAGAGUUUGAAACGCUGAGAAUGAAGAACGGAGAGACAGCAAAGGAAUACUCUUCAAAACUCAUGCAACUUGUGAAUCAAAUUCGGCUCUAUGGAGAAACAUUUGAAGACUCAAAGGUGGUGAAAAAAAAUGUUGAUAAGCUUGCCAGACAAAUUUGA